GGAUUUUCCUUUUACAUUAACUUUUAUAGGUUUCGUGAAUUCUAUCGUUGCUAUCUCGUUCGCCAAUGAAGUGGUGAAACAAAUUAUAUAUCUCAACAAUAAACUGCAAAUGUUACUUAAAAACAUACAAUUCGUUGAUUAAGUAUAAAGGAAAAGUGGAAAUUUAACAAUUGUAAAAAAUGUGUGACGAUCAGUGAGUACUUUGUUGGAGCAGUGGAACGGGUAAAUUCGAUAAUAUCAGAGUGAUUGUGGCAUAUAUGCACAAAUGCGAUUUUGUUUGUCGACGUUUGCAAAAGCAUACGAAAUAGGUAGAAAUAGCAAAACAAAGUAGGGAUAAGUAGUGCAAAAGAAUUGAAAAUAUAGAAAAAUAUUAACAAAGUGAUCAUUGAUUUUGAAGGUUGAAGUGGCAGUGGCAGUGACGUCUGAUUUAUUGCGUUUAUGAUUUAGUCGUGCAUAAUGUAUUAAGUUUAGAAUUACCCUUUGAUUAAACCACCCCCAACACAAAUGCUUUGGAUACAAUAUGUACGGAUGAGACUUAUGGAGAAGAGGAGAACGAACGAAAAUGGGUGUUAACUACUGCGACGCUAUUCAUUUUUCUCUAUUCCUUUUUAUAUGUGAAACAGUUUGGGGCUGCAAAGGAUAAUUGAAAAAUGAGUUGGUGAAGUGCGAAAUAUAAUCGUGAAAUGAUGCGUACAACGUGAUGUUGUCAAACUACUACAGCAAAUCUCCAUGGAGCAGAUAUACCAAUUUGUCACCAAUUGUUGGCGCUUAUGUGAAUGUGGAAGCAAAUUUCUUUUCAACAAUUGCUAAAACUUGCAUACCUCCAGUGCAAGUGUAUACAAAUUUUUGUUGAUUAAAUCGAAAACUUGAGUGAUUGAAAAUGCCGCCAGCAUCAUUAAUUGGUAUUGCAGAGUUUGUGGAGGAAACUCGCGAUGAUUAUAAUUCUCCAACAACUUCGACAUUUGCAUCCAGAAUGCCAGAUUGUCGUCAAACUAUAGCUGUAUUAGAAGAGCGUCUCGAAUUCGAUAGGGAAGGUCUAACAAAAUUGAAAAAGUCCGUGAAAGCGAUACACAAUUCCGGAAAUACACAUGUGGACAAUGAAAUGUUUCUGGUGGGCGCAUUGGAGCGCCUUGGCGGCAAGGUGAUUGACCAAGAUGAGCCGGAUAUCGGCGCUGCUUUUCUCAAGUUCUCCGUCGUCACAAAGGAGCUCAGCGCUUUAAUGAAAACGCUGAUGCAAAACAUCAAUAACAUCAUCAUGUUUCCGGUGGAUUCAAUGCUAAAGAGCGAGUUGCGCGGUGUGAAGGGCGACAUGAAGCGACCUUUCGACAAGGCCGCAAAGGAUUACGAAGCGAAAUUCAUAAAAAUCGAAAAGGAGAAAAAGGCGCAAGCCAAAGAGGCAGGCAUGGUGCGUACCGAAAUCGAUGCAGCUGUCGUAGCGGAUGAAAUGGAAAAGGAACGACGUCUCUAUCAGUUGCAAACGUGCGAGUAUUUAUUGAAAUAUAAGGAAAUUAAAACAAAAACUGGCAUAGAGCUGCUGCAGCAUUUCAUCGAGUAUUAUCACGCGCUAAAUAAUUACUUCAAGGAUGGCCUACAAACGAUCGAACAUUUUGGCACGUAUAUUAGCGAUUUAAGCGAGAAACUGCAAAUGAUCAAGCAGAAGCAAGAUGAAGAUCGGCGCAGUUUACUCGAUUUGCGAACACUAUUGCGCAGUACACCCGAUUUUGAGCGAGCAGAUAAUGUGCCGCCAGAGAAGGGUGCCGCCAAUGCUGGUGGUUAUUCGCUGCACCAAUUACAAGGCGAUAAACAUCACGGUGUGACACGUUCCGGUCAUCUGCUGAAGAAGAGUGAAGGCAAAGUGCGGCGCGUCUGGCAGAAGAGACGUUGUCGCGUAACAGCUGACGGUUUUCUGGACAUAUGCCAUGCGGAUGAGUCGAAGCCGCCGACACGCGUCAAUCUAUUAACAUGCCAAAUUAAGCCAGUACCAGAUGACAAGCGCGGCUUUGAUUUAAUCAGUUACAAUCGUCCAUACCACUUUCAAGCUGAAGAUGAAGCAGAUCAAAAAGCCUGGAUGGCAGUUCUGGCUAACUGCAAAGAGAAGGCUUUAGCUAAAGCAUUCCAACAUGCGAAUCCGCAAAUGAGUCCGAGUCUAGUGGAACUUCAAAAGACUGUUAUACGAUACGUCCAAAUGUUGCCGGGUAAUGAUCAAUGUUGUGAUUGUGGUUCCCGAAAUGAUGUCACCUGGAUCAGUCUGAAUUUCGGCAUACUCGUUUGCAUACAAUGCUCGGGUGUGCAUCGUGAUCUCGGUGUACAUCAUUCUCGCAUACAAAGUCUCACAUUGGACAAUUUGACCACAGCAAAUCUGCUGAUUGCGCGCGCCAUGGGUAACAGUACACUAAAUGACAUAAUGGAAGCAACGUUGGGGAAGGGUAAACUCACACCAGACAGUACAAUGGAAGAGCGUUAUGAUUUCAUACGCGCCAAAUAUGUUGCAAAACGUUAUGUGAUGCGCACCUGCGCGGAUGAUAAUGAACUACGUUGUGAUCUCGAACAAGCUAUUGUUAAUGCGGAUAUGAGUCAACUGUUGCAGGUCUGGGCUGAGGGUGCUGACCUCACAUGCUGUCUGCCAUCGUCGGAUGCGGGCGAGACGGCAUUGCAUUUGGCGGUGUUGCGCGAAAUGAUGGGUUCAACAUUACACAUUGUCGAUUUUCUUAUACAGAAUAUGCCACCAAAGGGUCUUAAUAAGUCCACCAAUCCGCCGAGUAUUAUUGAUGCGAUCGGCAAAAAUACCGCGCUACAUUUGUGUGCACUACACGAUCGACGUGAAUGCAUGAAACUGUUGUUGCGUUCUGGUGCCGAUUAUGAACUGCGGAAUUCACAAAAUAAAACACCACUCGACAUUGCCAAAGAAAUGGGUCAUAACGCCUGCAAAGAGCUGAUUGAGUGUGCCAUGCGACGCGAAAAGAGCGCUUUCGAUCACAUCAACACAGAUUGGAAUUUGCCAAAUGAAGAUGGAUCUACCGAUUUUUCAGAUGACGACACCGUGAUUGAUGAGCGGAAAUCGCGUUCGCGUCCACCUAGCUUCGCUGGCGGUGAUUCACCAGUGUUGCGCUCUCGUUCCUCAACAUGUGAUUCUAUACAAAGCAGUUCUAGUCCAAUUGCCAAUUGCCCAAGCCGACAGUUCACUUUGCCGUCCGGUGUAUCCGCCUACCCACAAUCGGCGGGCACCUCGCCCAAGCAGCAUGUUGCAAUGGGCCAGUAUUUAAGUGGUGGUGCCGUUAUUGAUGGCGUUGGUCGUGGCUGUACAAACGCUGUCGGUGGUGGUGGUUCCAGUCCAAGUUCGGCUUCAAGUCAAAGUGGACGAGUUUCAAGAAGUAUUGCCAGCAGCGAACUGGUGCAUAUACCAGGCGCACGAAAAUCAACAUCAGCCGUAAAUAUGAAUUCGCUGAAGAAGCGCACAGCACCGGCUCCACCGCCUGGUGUGACAUCAACUGUUAACACAACAACGACCAACUCAAUGUAUGGCACAUUGCCUCAUCCACCGCGACAUUCACAAAAUUUUGAUACAAGCGAUUUACGAAAUCUAAAUCAUAAAAAUCAGUCUAUGGAUGUGGUCUAUGGCACGUUGCCGCAUUUGCGUUCAGUGGACAACAGUCCACGUAUCAGCGGCAGUCAUGGUGCCAUGCAUAGUUUUUACGAUCGUUAUGAUAAGACGCAAGUUGUAUCACAAGAUCCUAAUGGCGGUAGUGGUGGUAAUAAUAUGAUGCCAGUUCUUACAACAUUCGGACACAAACGCUCACCGAGCGGUGAAUCUGUGAAUCGCAACAUUCACUUGGCUGGCGCAAAAUUGGUACUACCACCAGCGGGUGAAAUUCCAACAUUGAAGCACGUUGACAAAUCGGCUUUAACACGUCCGAAGAUUCCACCGCCUGGACCGCCACAAGAACGCGAGAUUUCGAAUGGCCAAUCAAAUGAGAGUAUAUGUUCGCUGGAGGAUACUGGUCCCAUAGCGCCUCCCAGAAAGCUGAUCAACCAAUCAAUGAACUAUAGUGAUUACGAACCCUGGCAUACUGAACUGGAUUCCUCCGGUGUAGGUGGUGGUGGUGGUGAUGGCCACGGUCGAGCUGGCAGUGGCAGUAGCGGCGGUGGCUUAGAUAACUCGGCCGACUCUAAUCUGUCGUCUAGUGAUAAUGAUCGCAUUAGUUCUUCGCCAGACAAUCAACUCAAGAGCAGCACAAGCAACAGCGGUGGUGGCAAAUACAAUUAUAAUGGACAUCGUCGCUGUCGCGCUUUGUAUGACUGCGCUGCCGAUAAUGAUGAUGAGCUGGAAUUUAAGGAAGGCGAGAUCUUAAUUGUGCUUAACGAACGCACAGAUGAUGAAAAUUGGAUGGAAGGUGUAAUUGAGGGUGAUCACUCAAGGCAUGGCAUGUUUCCAGUUAGUUUCGUGCAUAUGUUACCUGAUUAAAUGGUCGCACAACAAAUAUACCACGAUGGCGAUGUUUGAAACAUCGUAAAGGAAUGCCACGCAUAAUCCCAACGAUUUACUCAGUGUAAAAGUGAAGCGAAAUGUAAAGGAAAUUGCGGUAAACCUAGGUAAUAGAGACGCACAGACCAAAUCGUAUUAUAACUUUAUACUAAAUGUAAAAUGAAGCAAAUUAAAAAUAUUUGUUGUUAGAUGAUAGAGGAAAUGCUACUACUACCACUUGCUUUAUAUACUAUUGUCCUGGUGAUAUGCUAAAAAUAACAAAUACAUACUCAUAGGUUUAUUCGUGAUGCAAUAAGAAAUGCAGUUAGUUGAGAUAGCGGUUACAGCUAUAAAACAUAAAAUACCCAUUAUAACUACCAAUAUGAAAGUGUUGAUUGUUGAAAAUAUUAUAUGUACGGCUAUUUAUUCAUGCAUGUGUCACAUUUAAUUUUCUUAAGGAAGAAAACAUAGGAUCGAAUUUGAAAAAUUAAUAAUUUUUGAAAAAAAUAAUACUUUUUGAAAUAAAUAAUAAUUUUAAAAUAAAUAAUAAUUUUUAAAUAAAUAAUAAUUUUUAAAUAUAUAAUAAUUUUUGAUUUGAAUUUGGUUAAAUUUUUUUUUUAUGAAAUAAACAUUCGUAAUAUAUUUCAGAGAAAGUAAUGCUCGAUUCUCCAAUAAAUUGUAGACUAAAAACAUAUCGAAAUACUGAUAAUAAUGUAUUAAAUAUCCACUCAGUUUAUCAGCAAGCAUAUUGCAGUUCAUAUUUACAAUUUUAUUUCUUAAGUACAUUACAUUAAAUGUGAAUCGUUAUGGUUAGCAUAAAACAAGUCGUACAUGGUUAGAAGGAACUUUCAACUAAAAUUACUAUGUGUCUGAAAAGAAUAAUUGAAAUAAAUGUUUAAAGAUACUAAUAAGCAAAUUUAUUGCAUCUGUUGGCAUUCAUGUUGAUUCUAAUUGUAAAUUGUCGCUAUAUUCAAAGAGAUGUAUGCAGAGUGUCUCAUACUAUUGUGCUGCCAUAGCAACAACAAAAUAAAAAGAAAACAUAUAAUUAAUAAUUUCAUUGCGUAACAAAAUAGAAGGAGUUAACACAUAUUGCAAAUCCCCAAUGCAAAUACACCUAUUGGUAAAACCUUUGCAGCCUAGUAUCACAUACAACAAUAUUAUAAAAGAAAUGUUUUAGUAAUGCUUACACAAGUAAAUUAAUUAAAAUGGAAUGCAUAUGUUACAGCAGUCAUGUAAUACAGAAAGGUUUAUAUAAUUACAAAUGAACCAUUUAAAAACACAUUUAUAUAUUCAUAGUAUAUAAUAAAGUUAUUUCCAACGUUAAAACAUGCAAAAGUAAAGGAAAAUUUAUCUUUAAUUGUAAAGUAUUAGAAAUUAGAAACAAAUACAUAUUGAAAAAUCAAAUCAAAACUGUUGUACCUACAGUUGUGUAUUGAAAUUGUAAAGAUAAUUGUAGAAAACUAUAAAAUGUAUAAAUAUUAUGAUUUUAAUUUAAGUGCUACAUAUAUGUAUAUUUAUAAUUUUUUAACUACAUAAUCUAUACAUGUUUGAACAUUGCAACUAAUUUGCUUGCACACUGUUAAAAUUUUAACUUAAGUAAUUGGAAUGCUCUCUUUCCCCGACAUAUAAAGUAACAUUAUCUUCCAAGUUAUGUACAUAUCUAUAUAAUUUAUCUGUAUAUGCUUUAUAUUUUUGCAAACGCUUUUAAGACAAAAAGUUGAGAGAAACUUUUGUACUACAUACAACAUGGGUUGUUAACGCAGUUUUUAUGUUCCACUGGUUUUAUGCGUUUUAUCCCUCACAAUUAAUAUAGUAUCAGCGCAUAUUGCCUUUUUAUAUUCCUUGUCUUUGUAGGUACGUAUGAUGGUAUAUUAUAUUAUACUUAUACUCGCUUCAGUAUUCAUCAACUGUAAUCAUUACUAUUAUAUUAUAGCGACUAUCAAAAAAUGAAAUCUUUAAAGUUACUGUCUGUAUACAAAACGAUAAACUAAAAACAUAAUUAUUUAAUAAUUUAAUUUAUAUUUUAAUAGAUCAAUAAUAUAUUUAUGUAUUUUACAAAGCAAAGCCUACACGAUGACAACUAGGUACACUGUUUAUUAUGUCACAAAGAUAAUAUUAUAAUUAAUGGUUGUUAUUGUGUUGCCUGCAUGUUUGUAUAUUUAUCCCAAAGUCAUACUCACACUAUAUUCUGUAAUGUACACUUAUAUUUAUUUUCCGUUUUAUUUUAUUUUCUUUUUUCAUAAAUUCAAAAAUGUAGAAGUGUAAGUUGUUCUCUGUAUCCAAGGAAAUUGUUAGGAGGUUAAACCAAUAUUUAACAACCGUUUUAGUUUAUAUGUACAAUAUAUCUUUUCUUUGAUAUUUAAAUAGUUUCUUACUAGCUGUGGUAAAAUUAUAUGAAUAAAGUUAAAGUACACAUGGAUAUGAACAAAAAAUUAAAUAAACAAAUGGUUGAAUUAUCAUGAUCUGAACAAA